UAUAAAUGGAAAAGGAUCCGAAUACUCCUAAAAAACAGCCUUUUAGUUACAGGAAAGAUUAUCAGAAUCAAGAAAGACCUCAAACUGCCAGAAUAAAGCGCAGUGACAUUGACCCUUCUCAUAUAGGAGGGCAGGAAGGAGACAAUCUUUCGAGAAAUUCAGAAUCUUUCCUCAGCUUAAACGAAGAGUAUGCUACAUGGAAAACAAUUAUGAAUGAGAAAAAGUUAAAAAUACGAAGAAGAAUCAUGAAGAAGGUUUCCAGAAAGAGGCCAACGAUCACCAACAUGAACAAGUCCAAUAGUAAUCUGUAUGAGAGUUCGAGGAGUAGUAGCAAGUAUCAUUUCCUAGACGCCUUUCGUGAAGAGUCGAACCAGAAUGUCUCCAUUCAUACUGAACGCACAGUGGAAGGGACUGAGGGAAUAUGGGAUCAGUGGUGGAGACAGAAAGAGGAAAAUGAGAAUAAAUUGAAAGAUUAUAUCACCAAGAAGGAUAUCAAAGGUGUUCGUAAAGUUCUUGGGCUAAAGCAUUGAAGACCUCAGGUCAACUGUGUCUAUGAAGACAAGCAAACCCCUCUACAUUUUGCAUGACUUUCUAAUGCCCAUGACAUCAUUAGACUUUUGAUAGAAAUGAAUGCAAACGUAAAUGCUAAGAACAAGUUGAUAAAGACUCCUCUGCACUAUGCUAGCAAGUUCAGGGCAGAUUUUGCUGACGAGGAUGAAGAUUUUGAGAAAAUCAUAGAGACUAUCAAACUCCUUCUCGACAAAGGAGCAAACCCCAGCAUCAAGGAUAAAGUUGGUAAAUAUCCUUACCAAUAUACAAAGGAUGAAAGAAUUAGGGGACUUUUAAAGCCUCUGACAAGAGAGAGCUCCCGUAAGGACAACAUGAGAGAAAGCAGCCAAUAUAGAAGGAAAAUUAUGCUAGAAAUGACUGGGAAAGAUAAACAACCAGAGACGGAAAUAGUAGCUGAAUGCAAACCCCUCAAAAAGAGCAAGCUCAAUGAGAUACAAGAGGCUGAUGAGGAAGUCAAGGCUCUUAAUAAUGACUCCGGUUAUACAGAGAGGUUCGUCGAUCCCAGCAACAGUUCAGGCACAGUAUCAAACGAGAUUAGUCUUGAGCCAGUAGAGAUUAUGAAGGAAGGGAAGCUCGUUCCAAAUUCAUUUGAAAUUAUGAAGCCUUUGGGAGCUGGUGCUUUUGGACAAGUAUGGCUUGUUAAGAAUAAGAAUAAUGGUGAAAUGAUGGCAAUGAAAUGUGUUGACAAAGAGCUUUUAGCUAAGAACGGAUUGACUCCUUAUAUGAAAACAGAGAAGAACAUUAUGUUAAAAAUUGAUCAUCCUUUCAUUGUAAAUUUGAAGCACUCUUUCCAAACUCCAGAAAAGUUCUUCUUACUUAUGGAGUACUGUUGAGGAGGAGAUUUGGCUGUGAGGAUAGCUAAUGAAGGAACUCUUAAAGAAGAGUUAGCUAAGAUCUAUAUAGCUGAAAUAAUUCUUGCUGUAGAGGAAUUACACAAGCAUAAUAUUGCUUACAGAGAUUUAAAACCAGCUAAUGUGUUGAUAUCUUCAGAUGGUCAUUGAAAAUUGACUGAUUUUGGUCUCUCAAAGGAAAGUCUCAAAGAGGGACAAAUUACAGGUUCUUUCUGUGGAAGUGUAGCAUAUAUGGCACCAGAGAUUUUAAGAGGAGAAGGACAUUCUAGGUCAGUUGACUGGUAUUUACUAGGAGUCUGCCUCUACGAGCUCUUGAUUGGUGAGCCCCCAUUGUAUUCUGAAGACUCAAACAAAAUGCAUGAUGAUAUUGUGAAUUCUCCAGUGAAGAUUCCCCAAUUUUGCACAAAAAAUUGAAAAGAUUUUCUAAAAGGGCUCCUUGAGAAACAGCCUGGGAAGAGACUUGGAUGAAAGAGGAAAGGAAUUAACGAAAUUAAGAAGCACAAGUUCUUCAAGAAUAUCGACUGGAAAUAAAGUAUAUAACAAAGAAUAUGAAGUUCUUACGGUAAAGAAUCCUAAAAUUAAGAGUAUUGAUUAUCCUCCAAAUGAGGUUUUUGGAGACUAUGAAGACUUUGAGGUUGACCUCAGCUUCUCGAACCAAAGGGUUUUAAAUAAUAUUCCAGAUUGGUCUUUUUGAAAGACAAUAGCAGAGUCAUAGAUACCAGAUUGAAAAGAGG